GCUCAGACGGUUGUUGGGAACCAGGCGGAAGAUGUGGAAGGUAACGGGUCGGAGUUCGGCUCUGGACCGAGCCCAGGCGCUGUUGUGCGCCAAGAGGAGCAGCAGAGGAGGAGACCCUCCGACCGCAACACAGGGCGGCUCCUUCAAAUCUCCAUCUGAUCAUCCAAACAUCCAGACUCUCAUGUCUGACCUGAGUGAGCUGUCCAUGGAGAGCUCUGCCUCUUCUGCUGAAGCUGCCAGAAACACUCAAGAGGACCCUGAGAGGAAGGGAGGUCCCACCAAGGAUCUCAGGCCUCAGAGUUCACUGGGAGAAGGAAGCAGGUUCCUAAAGAAGGCUCCCAAACCAGCGACCAGCAGCCAGUCACCCGUCAGCAGGAACCAAAGCCAGCCGGUGGUAGAGUCAAGACGGGCGUCGUCUCAGGCUCCAGCCUGGCGUCGACUGGCUGAGAUCGAAAGCCGUGUCCGGAACCGACAACAGGAGCUGCAGCAGGCCAAACGGGCCACGCAGGCAGCGGCCGUCCAGAACACCGAGGCCUCCGUGGAGCCGUCAGAAGACUCUGACUCCGAGCAGAGCCGCAAGGGAAAGCGCUUCCUCAAAAAGACGUCAGCAGCAACCGCUGAAGGAACGGACGCUGCUCCGCCUGCAGGCGUUGGCGACAGGUCCAGAUCAGGAGGCGGUUCUGCUGAGAUCCGUUCUGGAGGGUUGGAGAAGAAGCAGAGGAGAGAAGGGAGUGCAAUAAAUCUAGAGAGUGAUGAAGAAGACAUAAAGGAACUGCUAGGUGACUCUUUCCACAGACUUUCCUCAGGAGGAAGUCCACAAGUGACACUUAGCCAUCCCGAUAGGAGGGUGGGAAGCUCCGCCGCUGCCGGCCCUCCAUCGUCCUCUAACACCGCACCGCCUCGCUCUCCUGCGUCUCCUUCACAUCGCCGCUCCCCGUUUCGAUUCACCGGCCAGGCCCAGGUCCAGUUCAGUCCCUCUGCGCUCUCCCCAUCGCCUCCUCCCCCCGACCUCCCCACCUCCCACCCAGAGAGGCCGGGCUCCUCUCAGAGGCCUGGGAGUCGGCAGAGCUCCCACUCGUCCUCUGCUGAAGUGCUUUCUCUGGAGGAGUUGUUCCCGGUGGGACCUGACUCUGACCAUCAGCACAGCAUCCUGAGUUCCGUUUCUUCAGAAGAUUUCCGGAUCAAUGUGAGGACACUGGAUGAGCUCAUCCCUGCAUCUACAGGAGCUGCAACAGAGGAGCUGGAAAAACAGCUGGUUGACCCGGUUCCUGGAUCACACGAGGAGGAAGAGGUGGUGCCGGACUAUCAGAGCGACUUUGAUUCUAGCGUCGGGCAGAUCUCAGAGCACCUGGGAGAUGAUGAUGAUGAUGAGAAGGAGGAAGCAGAGGUCAGAGAGGAGGUUUCCACGACCGAAAAAUCUCACAGCAACCCAGAUGACGAUUGUUCCAGCGCUUCCUUUGAACCGAGUCGCUCCAGUGUCUCCUGGACUUCGGGUCGCAGUCAGAGGUCAGAGUCGCCGCGCAGCAGGCGGAGCUCCUCUCAGCGAUCAACCAGGAGGAGCUACACAGACGCAGCCGUACAGACCCACCCCGAUCCAACUGGUGUGGCCCCUGUGGACCCCACAGUGAGCAGGAUGUACCUGAAGCCCAUUCCUGCUGUCAGUGCCGAGAGACUGGAAGCCAUCAGCCUGUUCAACCCGGCUGGAUUCGCCCUCAACGAAACGCUGAAACAGCAGCUGGCCAUGACCAGGCGGUUCAUGGAGCGCAGCGAUGAGCUCCACGCCGCCCUGCUGAGGAGCCUGGAGCCGCCUAACUACAGAUACACCACGCUGGAGGAGACCAUCCAUGUAAGGCUAACACUCUCUUGGGGGUUUUUUUGUUCAUCAACCGUCCAGCCUUUCUAGAAAUGAAGAUUAAGG